UAUAGUAGUGAUGAAGACUUGCAUACGACCUUUAUUUGUAGAGGUGAUUCUAGGGCUACCUUGCAAGAAACAGUUUCUGUCAAUGGUGUUCCUUUGACUAAGAAAAUUGACACUAGAGCAGUAGUUUUAGUUGUUCGAAAUGCUAUUGAUGAGAAGUAUUUGCCACAUGUGCCCUUGGGUUUAUUUACAAACCAUUUUUGUUCUUAUUCUGGUGAGAUUCUUGCAACUAAGGGAGAAAUUUUGGUUGAUGUUGAGUUACCAUUGUCAGGUCAAAAGGCUAAGUAAACAAUUGGUUGUUGUUGAUGGGGACAAACCAGCUUUGUUAGGAAUAAAAUGGUUGAUGGAAAUUAAGCUUGAUUGGAAUCAGCUGUUAGUGGUAAUUUACGGUUUGGGUGAGGAGUUAGUAAAAAAAUACAAGUAUGUUUUAAAUGCACGGUGUUAUAAAAGGAUUUAAAGCAGAUUUACUUAUUUAAAUCUCAUUCUAGAAAGAUGCUAGACCUGUUUUUAAGAAAACCCGUCCUGUUCCUUUAUCUUUGAAGGAAAUUGUGGAGAAGGAAUUUGAUCGUUUGACCAAAGGUGGUCAAAGAUAGAAAGGUUAAAUUUUGGUGUCGCUAGUGCACCUGCCAUAUUUCAGCUAGUCAUGGAUAGGGUAUUGUCUGGUGUAAAGAAUGUUGUAUGUUACUUGGAUGAUAUUCUGAUCACAACUAGAUCUAUUGAGGAGCAUAAGGAAAUCCUAUCAGAAGUUUUGCAGAGGCUUGAAAGUCAUAACACUAAAGCUAAACUCAGUAAAUAUGAAUUCUUUAAGUCUUCUGUCACUUACCUUGGAUACAAGAUAGACAGGAUUGCAUCCAACUGAAGAGAAAAUCAGGGUCAUUAUUGAUGCACCUGCUCCAACCAGUGUUACAGAGUUAAGAUCCUGGCUUGAAUUGAUAAUUUAUUAUGGGAGGUUUCAAAGAAGUCUUCCCUCCAUUUUAGGGCCUUUGCAUAAGCUGUUAAGAAAGUAUGUAACUCUGAAGUGGUCAGAGGCAUGUCAGGAAAGCAUUUAAUGCUUGUAAAGCACAGUUGAGCAGCAGUAGGGUAGCUGCACUGUGUUGCAUGUGGUUUUGGAGUUGGAGCUGUGCUGUCACAUGUAAUGGAAGAUGAUUCAGAAAGACUAAUAGCAUAUGCUUCUAGAACAUUAAGUUCAAGUGAAAGAAACUAUGCACAAUAAGCAGGGGCGUCGUGACGAAUGAAUUCUAGAGAGGGCCAAGAAGAAAAAUUUCCGACAAAAUUUCUUUGAUUUAUUUUAAUCAAAUAGAAGUAUUUCAUGUUAGUGUAGGGGCGGGGGGGGAACACAUAACCUUUGCUUUAGCUUUAAAGAUAUCUAAAAUGCACUUUGAACUUGGUCUCAUACUUGCUGUGUAAGUCCCUGACAUAUCGCAACACUAUUGAUCUGUAGGAUUUGAAUAGGACAAGGAUUUGAACAAAGUUACUACCAUGGUUGCUCUCGAAAGAGAAAUUUUUUUAUCAUCUUUAUGCUUUAAGUUCGCCGGAAAUUACAUUCAUUUGAGUGAAUCUCAAUAAUAAAAUUCUAUUUUCAAAAUGAACAUCCACUGGGGGAAAGCGAUGGUAUUUAUUAAUUUAUUCCUUUUUUUACCUUAUGCAACAUAACUGCCUAAAUUUCAAUAUCUGGGACAAAAUUUUAAAAUCUGGUGAUAAGCAAAGAAUUGGCACUGUCCUGGUCUUCAAUAUCAAAUAAAGAUGAAUUGAUGACCAAAAUUGCAAAUUUCCAUAACCAAAUUUAGCUCUUGAAGAUUUUAAUUUUAACAGACGAAAUCCGAGCAGCAAUUUAUUCUAUGGCAGAAAUUAGUAUAUCCUGAGAAAUCAUUUUGCUUUUGUGGAAAUCUAGUAUAUUCUUUACAAAAGUGAAUUGUUUCUCGAUUAUACGAUAAGUAUUUUAGUUCAAGUAAUUUAUUUGGCUAAAAAGUUCGUUUCAUUCCUCCUUUUUACCCAUAAGUUUGAGAAUUUUCCGACAGAACAAUUAUUUUUUCCGAAAAUCUGUCAAAUUUUGGAAGCAGAGGGGGCCACGGCCUCCCUUGCCCACCUGGCCACGACGCCCCUGACAGUUAAAGAAAGAGGCCUUAGCAAUGAUUUUUGGGGUAAACAAAUUACACAAAUAUUUUGAUGGAGGAACAUUUACUUUGGUGACAGAUCAUAAACCGCUGAAUUCUAUUCUUGGUGCACAGUCUGGUAUUCCAACACUAGUAGCAGCUCGAUUGCAACGUUGGGCUUUGAUCUUUGCAGCUUAUCAAUACAAACUGUCGCACAGCUUAUCUAAUGAUCAGGCAAAUGCUGAUGCACUUUCUAGAUUACCAAGUGGUAAUUUACAGGAAGGAAAAGAGCCUUCAGUGUGCCAAGUUAGGUUUACUAAUACUUUGCCAAUCUCUGCUAAAGAUAUACAGCAAGUGACAGGAAAGGUAUACCUUUAUCCAGAGUUCUUUCAUUUGUUUUGAAUGGUUGGCUAGAAGCUUGUGGCACUUAAGAGUUAAGGCCAUAUUUCAAUCGCAAGCUAAAGCUAUCAGCAGAGCAGGGGUGUGUAUUGUGGGGUAAAGGAUGAUUAUUCCACCAAAAUAUAGAAAUAGCAUACUUGAAGAAUUACAUGAAACACGCCAAGGUAUCUGCCGUACCAAAGCUUAUGCCAGAAGUUAUAUCUGGUGGCCAAAUCUUGAUUCACAGAUAGGAGAAUAUCUACAGAGUUGUGAAAGCUGUCAAAUGUUUAGAAAUAAGCCAGCACAUGCUCCAUUGCAUCCCUGGAAGUUUCCAGCAAGAGCCUGGCAGAGAAUUCAUAUUGACUAUGGAAUGCUUGACAGACAGAUGCUUUGAUUGUCAUAGAUAGCUAUUCCAAAUGGAUAGAAAUGCACGUAAUGUUUGGUACCAUCAGUGGAGCAACCAGAGCUAGGCUGGGGUACAUUUGUGCAAGCUAUGGAUUGCCAGAGGAACUUGUUUCCGAUAAUUGUCCUCAGUUUGUUUCUGAAGAGUUUGACAUGCAGAGUAUGUUAAGUUUAGUAAACCUAAUCUAAUGUUGAAUUGAGUUAUUUUGAAUAGGCAAGGUGAAUUUCUGGAUAAGAAGUUUAAACUUUACCAUCAGUAUUGAUUGAGCCUGAAGUUUUUACUGAACCACCGACCGUUAACUUUUUAAUACAGCUAAUCACCUGUCAUACCAUCCUCACAACCGACAACAUGUUUUCCCUAGCAUUAUAAUCAUCAUCACCACCAUUACUAUCAUCAACAUUCCAUUAUUCUCAGUUCCAUCACAAUUAUUAUUAUUAUUUUUGUUUUUUUAUAUUCAUGUUCAUAGUCAUCAUUAUCAUCCCAUUACAUCAGUCUCUACAGCACCACCCACAAUCUCUCACAUCACCAACCACCCUUCCCCCCUCCACUUCCAUCAUCCCACAUUUUCUCCACUGCGCUGCAUUCACACCGUUCAGCAUCCACCAAUCCGGUAUCACCAUUUCACAUUUCAAAUUAAUUCACUCGCUCGUUUCAUUUACUCUGAUGAAGCCCUGUGUGCCGGGGCGAAAUAUUAGUAAAAAGAUUUACCUAGUAAAAAGACUCCAGAGAAGGAAGAGUUACAGUUAGAGUCAGAAGUUCAAAAGUCUCCUGAGGUAAGAGUUGCAAAGACUCCUGAUGUGAGCUUUCCUGCAAAGACUCCUGAGAGACGUUAUCCAGCAAGAUUCAGAAGACCUCCAAGAUACUUGGACUAGGGUAAAUAAAAAAACAGUUGGAACUAAAAGCCAGAAUAAUGCUUUUCUUCCUGUUUUCCAAGUGCUGGUAGCCCACCCAGCAUUUGUAGUUGAGUUUGUUGUAUUAUUUCAUUUAUCUGCUAAACGUGUUGGACAUUUAUCUUCAAGGGAGGAAAAGUGUGAUAUAUUAGUUCUAGUUCUGAGUCCUGUUGUUAUAGCCUCGUUUUGUGAUAGUGAUUCAAGUUUGAUUCUAGCGUGAAUGCGCCUGUUCUCUAGUGUGUACUCGGACUGAUCUAUUACAUCUAUCAUGUUAAAAAGCUUUUUAUUUCAAAUUCAGGCCGUUAUUGAUCCUAAUCCAAGGAGCUCCAAAUUACUUCAAAGCAGUUCUGCAAGCUAUCCAAGGAGCUUCAAAGCAGUUCUGCAAAAACACUCAUGUUAAAAAAUCAAGGAUGUUGAUAAAUAUUAUUUGUUUCUUUUUAAAUCUUUUUCUGACCGCACCUUGAAAACGAUGGUGGCACCGUGGGGUCGUGGGGUCGUGGGGUCGUGGGGCCGUAGGGUCGUGGGGCCGUUAUGUUUUCAUGCCUAUUUGUAGACUUCUUGACACUAUGCUUAGAGAUUCGUUGCCUUGAAGUGUGAGAAAAUAUACAGCAACGUCAAAGAAAAAUGAAUAGCAUUCGUUAGAGUGGGUUUUUGGUCGGGACGGAAAAGAGUAGAUGAAUAGAGAAACCUGUGUGUCAAAUGGAUUUAUGGUUAACUAUAUACUCUUUAUGUUUACAUAAUUUAUAGAAAUUGCCUUGUUUGUAAGUUAUGUUGCUAAGGUAUUAUAGUCAGAGUGUUCGCAAACUGUGACUCAUUUAAGAAAGUAAACUUUUGGCAGAUGAAUAGCGUUGGUAAGUAACUAAACUUAAAAAUAUGUUUACUUCACCGCUUAAUGAAGGUACGCUUUAAACGAAAAACAAACUGGUGACAGGCUGCCCUUUUGUCUGAUUUCAAAAUAUGAUCGAGUCUUCAUAGUAUCGUUUAAACUUUAGCUAACCAACCGGGUGCCAUUCCAUAGGGUUAAUGGGGUUGGAUAAAAUAUUGGAGAAAUAGAGUUGAUGUUCGACUAAGUUAAGGCCUUAGCCUCGUUUCCCUACGCUUUAUACAUUCGUUUUGUUAUACAAGAAACCAAUCCAAAAAAGCGAACCUUAAGAUGAUCUAAUUAGAAAAGCAAUAAAUUUCAUUACGCUCAACCACAAAAAUGUUUGUCGAUACAUCUUGCGGUGUUGGAAAUGAUUAUUUUGACGGCAAAACACAAAUUUCUUGUUUCAUUGACAUAGAUAGAUCCUUGUGACUUAUUAAGUUUCAUUUCCUCUGAUGUUAUUUUCUUUCGAAAAACUAGCUCCUUAGUAUUUGGUAUUUAAGGUUAAAGUAAGCGUUUUAGAUGCAAUAUUUGGUUUUUUCACUCUGAAAGCCAAAAUAUUAAUGGAAUCGGAUAAAAUUGUAAAUCAUUCGAUUCAUAUCAAAAUAAUUAUCAAAUAUCAAAAUGAUACUUCACAGGCAAAUUUAUUGCUUUUGAGUGUACCACCUUCAAAAGCUAUUUCGUACCAUUGCGUUUGACGUAACAAAAUCUGACUUAUAUCAGCAGAAAGCGCAGAUCCUUAGCUACCAAAGUGUGUCUUAGAUUUUUCAAAGUUUUCCUUCCUUGGAAGCUAUACUCUGUGAAAAAUUGGUCAUCAAUUUUUCUACACUCCCGCAGUUGUAUUUGGCUAUAAAAGACAGACAAGACCAAAUACAAAAAUUUAGAGACACUCUUUGCUUACCCAACAUCUGUGCUGGCCGUAUGCAAAUAUUUGAAUCAUUGACCGGAGAAUUUACCCUGGUUACGGUAGCGUACUCAAAAAGAUCAAGUUUUGAGAGUUUGCACAAGACAAAGUGAAACCAGCCUCGAAUGAGUACGCUUUCGUAAGUGUUCGCAAGUCCCAAAUGGGUUGGCUCUAAAGUUCCUGUGUGACCUCUUCUUCUAGGGAUGUCUUCAGACUGCUAUUAAGAGACGGUUGCUUCUUUUUUGAUUGUGAAAUCUAACAGCGUUUCAGUGUACAUUUGUUUCCAAUAAUGUAAAAUAUAUAUUCAAGAAUCAAGGUCCGUUUAAAAUCAGCUUAGGCUCAAGGUCCACCCUCUUUCAAGUAGUCAAACAAAAAAUAUACAAGGGAAACAAAUUAAUCUUAUCUUUCAUAGAUAAUCAAAAACAAUGAUGACAAGACUGUUCCGAAGAAUCGACAUGAAGAUGACAGCUUUUGCUGACUGGAAACUUCAACUAAUGGUGAUGCUGGCAUUUCCAUUAUCAACAUUGUCAAUCUCAUGCAGCUCUAGAUUUCACUGCAAAACGCCUGAAGUCAAAUACAUCAGCAUGGAUAAACUGACAAAUAUGACCUUGAAUGGAACAGUGCUUAAGUCAUUCCAAGCAAAGGACAUUUCAGAAUGCCAGAGAUCUUGCCUCCAUGAAGAAAAAUGCCAGUCACUGAAUGUCAAUAUCAGUACAGCGAUUGGCCUGAUAUGCGACCUUUUGGACAUCAAUAUAUAUAGCAAUUCGUCGCUUCUUCUUCAGCAAAGUGGAUCCGUUCACCUCUUUAUUCCGAAUGAGUGCAAGAAUAAACCAUGCAAGAACAAUGCAAUAUGUGUGCCCAACUAUCAAAACGACUCCUACAGCUGCGAAUGUAAAUCGAAUGGAACAUGGAUAACGAAAGGGCUUCAUUGUGAAACGAUACUGAGCGGAUAUUCCAGUGCCUUUGUUUACUGGUCCUUCGACGACCCAGCAAGUUCAAGUCCUUUAACAAGCACCAACUUGGAUAUGUCAUCGUUUGUUCUAUCAUGGGAUCCGGUCUCGGAACCAGGUCGGAAACAUCCGGUUGUUAAAUGCAAAGAUGGUUCCAAUUGCAUACAGAUAUGGAAAAGUGUACCAUGUAUAAACUCUUUCAGUACCUGCAAAAGAACGAUAACGUAUAGUAUGUGGAUAAAGUAUACCGAAUAUCAAGCUACAACCAAAACUUAUUCAUUGCUUAUGCUCUCAAACGAGUUUGGAAGUCGUAUAGGUAUCGAUUUUAGAUCAAGGUUGUCGGGAGAUUUUGCUUUUCGUGCGGCUGUUACUACAGGCAAGAAAUGGGAUUUAACUGGAUUUGGAAGCUCUGUCAUUAAGACAAAUUGGAAUCAAUUUACUUUAACUGUGGACGAUAACAUUGGAGUUUGUGCCUUCAUCAACGGAGUGAAAGAUGCCUGCCAAACUACAUAUCAAUCGGUUUCAUUGACUGAAUAUGCAAAUACAGCAGUUAGAUUGGGAGGCGCUUGGUAUGCCGAUAGUGAACCCGACAUCUAUAUUGAUGACUUCGCCGUGUGGCAAGUGGCACUUACUGAAAACGAAGUAAAAAACCUUUACGAGCAAACCAAAAAUUGACAUUGUAAGAAGAACUUAUAGUUAACCCCAUUCAAUAAAGAUAAACUAACUUGAGCAAACGAAUAACAAACCUCAAUUCAGCGUUCAUUGAGCAUGUGUAUUGAGCACAAUAAGAACAUUGCAUGCUUUGUGAAUGUAGAGCGGGGGGCUAGCUCCUUAUUCAGUUACAUUAGAAAAGGGGGUUAUGAAUUUCACAUUUUCGAUUCCUAAAUAAGAACUUAACUUUCAAUCUAAUUUGUUAUUUAGCUUGCACAGGCAUGUAUGUGUUAUAAAUUUGUUUUUGUGCAUGUUUAACGAUACACUUGCUCGCAGUAUUGAAAUAGCGCUAGUCAUUCCAAUUUGUUGUACUAGUUUAAAUUAAUAACUUUUGCUUUUAAACUUAUCAAUUCGAUAAUGUCUAUGACUAGAAGAUGCAGUAGUCACUUUAUGAAACAUCAAUAUCAUUUGCAUCUGCGGAAAAGUUAUAAUUUGAGACGUCGCCAAUUAGCUCGCCUUUCCAUCACUCAGUGAAUAGUCGCAUUCGCCGAUUCGUUGAUUCGCCUUCGCCAAAGUCGCGCGGCCAUAGUGAAUCAAGUGGAAACCGGCCUUUUGUGAGAUCGAACUGGCAGUUAUUUGCUGAAUUUUCAUGACUUUCAUAAUUUUCAAGUUUUGCUCUAGCCAAGAGCAUAUUUUGUUAAGAGAAAAAUACUUCAAUUAUUCAUGAUACUACAGAUUCAUUUUGGUAAUGGAUUCAAGUUUUGGAAAGCACCUGAUAAAAACAGGUAUUCAGCACGGCGACAAUUGACUUUAGUAUUUAUCCAGUUGAGGGGCUGAUCGGCAACAAAAAUCGACAUAGUUCAAAUUGGCACUAACGGUGAUAUAAUUUAGGCUUUACAUAAUCAGUUAAGCAAUUCUACUCUAGCUAAAGUCAUCUUCAGGAAGAUUCUUUUUGAUUGGGAUUGAUGCUGCUCUUCUUUAACGUAUUAUGCAUCUUUCAAUAGUUAGAGAUUAUAUUUUUAUUUGUUCAUUUGGUGUUGCUUUGCUCUUUAUCACCGAACCACUAAUCCAGCCGUACCAAAGUGGCUUGAAAACUAUCUCAAAUGCAACUCAAUCUGCUUGACUAGCAUGCUACAACUAUUCUUUCUUACUUUCUAGUCAACACAUACAAAUCGAAACAUUAGCCAGGGCAAAAUACAGCAGAUUGCUCCAGAGACAAGAGUGUUUCAUACUCCUCAAUUCAUCACACACUCUUUAAGGCAUGCGAUAUUUUGCACUGCUUGAUUUUUCAAUUCCUUUCAUGGUUAGAAUGUCUUCUGCGAAGCAAAAUUUCCAUGACAUUUCCACGACUGUAAUAUUCUUAAUGCAUGCAAUAUUUAACUGAUGUGCAUACUAGUCUCAGUCCUGCUGGGAUCACGUCACAUAAAUCACAACUUAUUCUUGAAUAUCUGCAAAACAGGAAUCCUGCUCUCUUAAAUAGAGAAAUCAAAUAUUUAGGCAUUGUACCUUAUACUGAAAAUGCGCCCAAUUCACAGCAAAUGGCGAGUUUAAUAUCCAAUAUUGAGCCAAGCAGAUGCAGGGUGAUUUCUCACUUGUUUCAAAUGACCUUAGUGACGAUACACAAGUGAACUCAUAGAUACGUAAACACUGUUUCACUCUAUAUUGGUUUUCUUAUUGGACGCUGGCUGUUUCACCCAAACAACUUUUACUGGCAUGUUGCUAAGCGGGAUGUCCCUUGUGACACAGCCCCUUCAAACCCUGACGAUUCUUUGAAAAAUUAAAACUCUUCAAAAUUGGUUUUGGGCUAUUGCUGCAAAAAAUAUAAGAGAUUAGCUUUUGUGAUGAUUUGGCAUGAAGCUUAUUUCAUAAAGCUCGAGCUAAUCCCUGCUUUUAGCAAGGCUGAUUUUCAGCAAAUUAGCGAAAUCAACGCAAAGGUUGCACUUGGCAUGUGCAGAAGUGGAAUCUAUUUACCAUCAAGAUUUUAAUAAUUUUCGUUGAGCAAAUGCAACCAGUUCCAUUUUUUGCAUCUUGUAUCCUUUAGCGAUUGUCUUCUACUUUUUAUUAGGUUCGUUAGUUUUCCUGUUUCGCUACACUUCUCUCUGAUGUAUCCAGCAAAGUUUGAAGUGUCUGACUGAAGAAUGACCUUAUGUAAUACUUAUGUAAGCUGAUUUUAAAUACUUAAUGAGUCGUCUUGAAAUUGUGUCAUUAUGAGCCUCAUAUUAGAGAUGUGUAGCGCUUGCACAAGAGUUUUAUGUAAUGUUUGAAGAUGAUUUUGAAUUCCUGCUGAUCUUAAGUUUGCUUUGUGUUAACUCUGCUGAACUAAAUACGCUAAACCCUGAACUUUCGUUGUUACGACGUUGAGGUUGGCAUCUUACCGUUGUUACGACGUUAACUUUGGCGAUCCUAGCAAACAGCUUAAUUUAUUAGAGAUAGGUAUCAAAACACCCCGAAUUAUUGGGAACUCAUUCUCAUUCUUGAUACAAAAAGUUUUAUAGAGAAAGCAACGACUGAAAGUAUCUAAGGGGAGUUUGACCAUAAAUUUUAACAAAUCGAAAAAAUUAGAAACUUUCUAUCGUUAUUGGUUGAAGUAAUUGGGAAAGCUUAGAAUAUUAGGAGAUGUAAUAAGUAUACUAACUGCAUUCUUUGUUACUAUUCACUAUGACUCGAUAAACAAAAUCGGUUGAAAUUACGUUAAGUUUCGACCUUUUACAAACUUUACGUAAUGUUAGAGCCUAAAAUUUAGCGCAAAACAGUUCUACAAACACAUUCAUGUUAAAAAUCCAAGAUGUUAAUAAAUAUUAUUUGUUUCUUUUAAAUUUUUUCUGACCGCACCUUGAAAACGAUUUCUUCGUAAAGUAAUACGAUUUCUUCACCCUCCUUAAUUUCUUUUCGUUUUUGCGACUUUCCUCCGGCCAGUGGCCGUGGAACCGUGGGGCCUUGGGGCCGUGGGACCGUGGGGUCGUGGGGCCGUGGAGCCGUGGGGCCGUGGGCCGUUAUGUUUUCAUGCCU